CGGGGUGCCGCGGCCCAUUAAUGAGGCUGCUUCACGUGCCCUGCGACGCCCCCCACCUCCUCCCUCCUCCCCUCUUCAACCGAACUCAGCAGCAGCUCCCUUCCGUGUGCGCCAUUGCGACGGAGCCUUGCUAAGUUGCCAUCGGCUCCUUACCCACGCCUCACCACCUGCCAUUUUUGCCUCGUCUCCCUCCACUCUAUGUCGCCACGCGAGCGCUAGUGCCACUGCACUAGUUGCAGGUGGGCCCCGCCCCUCUCUCUCCUCCGAUGCACUGGCCGCGGCGGCGUCGCACGCCGGCUCCUCUCGCCUGACGGCUGUGGUCUCAAGGGCCUUGCUGACAUCCGUGGCCGGCCGACUGCCGGAAUCCGGCACUGGCCCACAGCGACAGGUGGGCGGCGCUCUCGCCGCGGGAAGAGGCGGAGGGGUCGCUAGAUCCGCCCUCUUGAAAGGUUGCCGGUCCCGCUUGUCGCCCGCCUCCUCUCGCCGGCUAGCCACGCACUGCUGUGCAGUAGGACGGUGUGAUGAAAGGGGUUCAGGAUAAGAGGCACAAGAAGAAGCAGGAAGUGCAGGUUCUCGCGCCCUUCCCGGGAUGUCUGGGGAGGGUGAUCAACAUGUUUGACCUCAGCAGUGGCGUGGUCGCGACCAAGAUGCUCACCGAGAAAGCGCAUAGAGAUGUUUCUCUGGCUGGUAAAGAGCGGAGUAACACUUUCAAGAUGGCAAUCAAUCCCCCAGCUCAGGUUGAAGAUAAACAAAGAGACUGUCAGGCAAGAAGGCACUCCCCAACUAAAAGAUCAAACUCGCCCGGUAAAAGAUCCGGUGGGACGCCCGUUAAGAUGCUCAUGGAGCAGGACAUGUGGAAAGAAGGGAUGCCUGAUGAGGAGCCACUGAAUGUUGUUGCAAGACUGAUGGGUCUAAAUGAUGCCCCGGUUCAGCAUUCUGACCUUUUAUCUGGAAGACAAUUGGAUAAGGAAUAUCAGUCUGGCUGGUUUGAAGAGAACAGCCGGAAUGUCAAGCCAAAGAAGGAAAGCAAAGGCCACCAGAACCAAAAAGCAGGAGCACGACACCAGUUCACAUGGAGUGUUUCAAGUGAUCAACAUUCAAGAAUUAAUAGCAGCAAGAGCAGGCACCAAGGGAAGGAGCCUUGUUGUGAGAAGAGAAUGUCCCUUGUCCGCGAAAAGUUUGCUGAAGCAAAGCGUCUAGCCACAGAUGAGAAGCUUCUUCACUCUAAAGAGUUCCAAGAUGCACUGCAGUUUCUAAGCUCAAACAGAGACCUAUUCUUGGAGUUCCUCGACGAGCCAAAUCCGCUAUUAUCAAGCAACCAUUAUGAGUUCCAACCUGUUUCACCACCUUCCGAAAUAAAGCAAAUAACCAUACUGAAGCCAUCAGAAUUAACGAAGAGAAAAGGCAGCAUUCUUGUGGGGAGACAACUAUUUUCAGACGGAGAUGAAAUUGAGCGUAACAGAUACAGGCGGCAUCAGAGCUUAGAUGUUUCCCCAGCAAACUCAUUUUUUUCUGAGCCAACAAGAAUCGUGGUACUAAAGCCAGGACUUGUAAAGUCCCAUGAUGCUAGGAUUGCAAGGUCUCCAUCAUCAGCAGAAGAAGAUAGUGAAGAUGAUAGUAUGGUGGCAACUGAUGAAACGGUAUGCUCGAGAAGGUUGGCUAAGGAGAUCACUUGGCAAAUGAGGAUGCGGCUUAAAAACAAGCAAGAUGAAGAAAAGAUGCUCUCCUGUGAAUUCCCUGAUUUUUAUAUUGGAGAUGACUCCUUCAGUAAGUCAGAAGUUGAGAUCGCAAAAGAAGUGUCUGGCGAAACAAGUGAGGAUUUGGAGUUUGGUACCCCUACUUCUGGCCGUUCUUGGGAUUUCCUUAGCAGGAGCGGAAGCCCUUACUCUGCAUCAUGCUCUAGUCAGACAUCCCAUAGACGGGAACCAUCUGUAGUUAGGGAAGGCAAGAAGAAGAUUUUAGAGAGAUGGUCAAUGGUAUCAUCAACUGUCAGCAGUGACGAAGACAGGGAAGCUCGUAGAAGUACGGGCACACUUGGCGAGAUGCUCACCAUUCCAAAAGUUAAGAAAGACCAGGAAGAUGUUGGGGGCGUAACAUUGGAGAGCCAAGUGCCUGAGCCGGAAUCUGAAGAGCCUUUCUCAUGUUUGCCAAGGUCUCGAUCUCUUCCGAUUUCGUUGUCUUAUGGAGGUGUUGGGUCAAAUGGAGUAGCCUCUGGAUCUCAAGAAGUCGACAAAGAAAGGAUUAGAAAGUCAUCAUCAUUUAGGGAAAAAGUUUCUAGCCUGUUCUCUAAAAAUAAGAAAUCAGCUCGGGAGAAGGUAGAUCCAUCUGCCAACGAUAGACGCAAGCAUGGAGGUGCUCUGAUGACUGGUGAUGUGAAGGAAGGCUCUGACCAUCUUGCACUGAACAAUUUACAGAAACAAAAUAUUUGUGUUAAGGCAGAUGAGAAUCCUAUGCAACCACUCGUGGUUAGUUCGUGUCACACUAAUGAUACGGCGGACAUCGCUGCCAAGGAUAUUUCUUCCAUGUCAAGUUUUGGCGCCCAAGGAAUCUUUGGUGACAUUCAGGACCAACCAAGUCCUGUAUCUGUACUAGAUGGACCAUUUAUCUGUGAUAACAGUAGGAGGCUACUGUACUCAUCUGAAAAUUUUAUCAUUGCAUCCCCACAAGCUUUAUCCAGAUCUCCUCUUAUCGGAUCAUUUUCACGGUCCCUGUCAUGGGAGGAUCCACCACCGGAAGUAAUGUCCCCAAAUUCUCUGAGACUUUCAAGGCUUUUCUCUAAGGCUGAUGAAGAUCUAGACUCGUUGACAUUUAUCCAAAAGUUGGUCCGCUCUACCGACAUGGAUAGAGAAGGUUGCAUAUUAGCUGUCCCUUUGGAUCCAAAGUUGCUUGAAAAGUUUUCUGGUUACCAGGAAGAAGGAAUUAAGUUGAGGGAAAGGCGGUCAAAACAGAGGUUCCUUUUUGAUGCCAUCAAUGAAGCACUCACUGAACUUACUUGGACAGCAGAAUUGGCUGCGUACCCGUGGGGUCGGUCGUGCUCUUUGGAUCGCAGGGAUUGCCAGAAUGGUUUCAGUAAUUCGGCUGCUGAGGAAAUUUGGCGAGUCAUAAGGAACUGGUCGAUACUCGACAGCUAUCCUCCUGGCGAAGCUAUUGAAAGAAAUCUCUUGUUGGAGAUGAUACUUAAGAGGGAGGUGGCGGGAAUGGCUAGUGCUGACACGACACGGUUAGAGAUAUUUGGAGUCAACACUAUGGUUUGUGCAAUGGUUUUGGAGGAGCUGGUUGAAGAGAUACUAGUAGAUCUGACUAAUAACUAGCGAGUGCGUCCACUCUCUAGCCGCUGCCAUCUGCUGGAGACCUGGAGUGGAGUGCUUGGCAACCAGAGUUUGAAGGGAGAGCAAACGAUCACGGAUGGCAAUAGAUGCGGCGGGAGCAGGAGGAGGUUCGGUUUGAAAUUUGCCCUUCUCCUGCAGGCUGCAGCUCCAUAUCAAAUUAUAGAUUUGUGGUGUGUAUUUCUUGUUUGGCCGGGGUAGUAGCUAUGAUUGUUCUUCAUAUUGAAGUGUACAGUGUGAAGGAAACAGGGUAGGGGAGGAACACAGCACAAUGGUAUCUGCUUUCCUACUGGUCCUCAUCUGAAAAAGGAAAAAAGGAGGUUGCUUUUUUUAUCUGCCAAUGCAGACUCUGCUCAGUGCUCUCAUCACUCCCUCUCUGCCAAUCCCUGCAGAAAUUAAUCUGCUGUACUUAUCAGUAAUGAUGGAGGAGGUUGCUGUAACACUUGUUUCCUGGGAAAUUCAUUUAUGAACCUAAA